AUGGCCGACAGGCAAACCAACCCUGCCUCGAGGCGGUCCUCAGCUACUGUUGGUGGAGAUGAAGCUCUCAACGUACCAGCCAUUCCGACCAAGGAAGCCUUCGACGAUGACAGCAAAGUUCCGUUCAUGACCAUGCGAACCUUUUUUAUGACUGUCGUGGUCUCCAUCGGUGGUGUUUGCUUCGGUUAUGACACUGGUCAGAUCAGUGGUUUCUUGCAAAUGGACGACUUUGUCUAUCAAUUCGCCGACGAUCGCGACACUCUCGAACUCAGCGACAUCCGCACUGGCUUGAUCGUCGCCAUGUUGUCGAUCGGUACACUUUUCGGAGCUUUGAUCGCCGGUCCCGUUGCCAACAACCGUCGCAUCGGUCGCAAAUACUCCAUCUGCAUGUGGUGUGUUGUCUUUUGCUUAGGCAACAUCUUCCAGAUCGCUGCCCAAUACCCCGUCUGGUAUGUCAUGAUGAUCGGCCGUAUCAUCUCUGGUUUCUCCAUCGGUGGUCUGUCGGUCAUGGUCCCUGCUUACCAGGGCGAGAGUGCGCCAACCCACGUGCGAGGUGCCAUCGUGUGUUGCUACCAACUUUUCAUCACUAUCGGUAUUCUCCUUGCAUAUCUCAUCAACUUUGGCACCGAGACUCUCUCAGGUACCGCAUCCUGGCGUGUCCCGCUGGGCCUCAGCUUCCUCUGGGCUCUGAUCCUUGGUCUGGGUAUCCUAUGCUUCCCAGAAACGCCACGCCAUCAAUUCCGUUUUGGCGAGGUCGAUGCUGCCACAGAGAGCAUCGCCAAAUUCUAUGGCGUCAGCACCAAACACAAGGUGGUGGCAAAGCAGCUCGCAGAAAUGCAGUACAAACUCCAACUCGAACGCGAAGAAGGCGAGAGCUCUAUCACCGAAGUUUUCACCGGCCCUCGCAUGCUCUACCGAACCUUACUCGGUAUAUGUAUCCAGGCUCUUCAGCAACUCACUGGUGCGAACUACUUCUUCUACUAUGGUACUACGAUCUUUUCGAGUGUCGGACUUGAAAAUCCAUUCAUCACGCAAAUCAUUCUUGGUGCGGUCAACGUGAUCACCACCUUCCCUGGCCUCUACAUGGUUGAGAAAUUCGGUCGACGGAAGUGCCUGUCAAUCGGUGCUGCCUGGAUGUUUUGUUGCUAUAUGGUAUUUGCGUCGCUUGGCUAUUUUUCCCUCGAGACCGAGGACGGAAACGAUCAAACCAUUGGUUAUGUCAUGAUCGUAUUUGCUUGCUUGUUCAUCGCAGCUUUUGCGUCUACAUGGGGGCCAAUGGCAUGGGCCGUCACCUCUGAAAUCUAUCCCACUCGCUAUCGAUCCGUCUGCAUGGCACUUUGUGCUGCGUCUAAUUGGGCCUUCAACUUCUUCAUUGGCUUUGCGACACCAUUCAUCACUUCCGACAUUGGUUUCGCCUACGGCUAUCUUUUCGCCGCCUUCAACUUCAUCGCCGUGCUUGUGGUUUAUUUCUUCCUUCCAGAAACUUCUGGUCGCUCCCUCGAAGAGAUCGACACCAUGUUCCUCUUUGAGGUCAAGCCAUGGAAUUCCAGCAAAUGGACCGCACCUGAAGGCGAGGAACUCGCCAGCGCCGAUCGCCGUCGUAUCUCGGAAGGUGGUCGCCGCGCUAGCAAGGCUUUGGAAUCUCGAGCCGGCAGCUAUGCUCAGACUGAGAAUGCCGGCCGUGGGUCAACUGUAUAAAAGGUUUCAUGAAAAGUUGUCUGCUUCAUUUACAACAAAGCACUUUCCUUUGGGUCAAAGCCCUCGUUGUAAUACUCUAUGUAACACUGGCUGGAAAUAUGGACGAGCGGCGUUUGACAAGUCUGCUUUUGGAAGAAUCUAUCUGGAAACAAGCAUCACUACUGUUCACCACCUCGCCUACUCUAGUCCCCGCGGCCGAAGAGCAAGUCUGAGUCAUGACGCUACAUACCUGGUCCUGAAAAUUAGGCUGAUAUUCUGCAAGUUUUAGAGCCACGAGGGUUGCCCGUGGGGCAAAGCCGC